GUAUAAUACGAGUAGGCUGAGUUAAAAAGUUACUAUAAUAAUAAUAACUAGAGGAUACUCCACAAACUAGAUAACUGACCCCGAAGGUUACCGUAGGGGUCAGUUACAUAGACAAUAAACGCUGCAAUCAUAUUAGUUGUUGUGGCCGCACGUUUUUGGCGGCUAUUAUCGGGGCCAAACCCUUGAAAUGUCAGUAGUGCCCGCCUUCUGCCUCACGCCAUUAGAGAAGUUUUUCCAUUUCUUCUUCCCUUCCUCCUUUCUUCCAGUCUCUUCAUGAACCCUAGAAUCAUCACCCGGGGAAAUUCUUUUGUAAUCCUCGUUGUUACUUGUAUUUCCAUGUAUUGAGCUGACUGCAACUCUUCUCAACCACAAUGUCCCCAUCUACGAGAGACCCCGCAUUGCCUCCAGCUGUCAUCGACACGAUCACGCAGCAGAUCGGCAAUACUCCUCUUGUUCGCUUGAAUAAGCUCCCGCGUGCUCUCGGAAUCGAAGCACAGGUGUAUGCCAAAUUGGAAUAUUUCAAUGCUGGAGGAAGCGUCAAAGACAGAAUCGCACUGCGGAUGAUCGAGGAGGCAGAGAGAUCCGGCCGCAUAAAGCCCGGAGAUACACUCAUCGAGCCUACCAGUGGCAAUACCGGGAUUGGAUUGGCGCUUGUCGCUGCUGUUAAAGGCUACAAGACCAUCAUUACGCUCCCCGAAAAGAUGUCUGCCGAGAAGGUUGCAGUGUUACGUUCAUUGAAUGCAACAAUUAUCCGCACCCCCACCGAAGCUGCCUACGAUUCUCCAGAAUCGCACAUCGGAGUCGCCCGCCGUCUGGAGAAAGAAUUGCCUAACGCACACAUCUUAGAUCAGUAUGGGAAUGAGAACAACCCGUUGGCGCACGAAUUUGGCACGGCAGAAGAGAUCUGGACGCAGACGAACGGUCAGAUCAAGGCAAUUGUUGCCGGCGCCGGAACCGGUGGAACCAUUACCGGCCUCGCUCGAGGCCUUAAAAAGCACAAUUCUGAAAUUAAAGUCAUUGCAGCAGAUCCUUACGGAUCCAUCUUGGCUCUCCCCGCUUCCCUCAAUGAUGAAUGCAUCAAUCAACCUUACAAAGUCGAAGGUAUUGGAUAUGACUUUAUCCCCGAGGUCCUCGACCAGAAGGUUGUUGAUAAGUGGUAUAAGACCGGCGACAAGGCCUCUUUUCAAUAUGCUAGGCGUUUGAUUGCUGAAGAAGGACUUCUCGUUGGCGGGAGCAGCGGAAGUGCAAUUGACGCGAUGGUGCAGGCCGUUAAGGACUAUGGUUUUGGUAAGGAUGAUGUGUUGGUAGUGAUCCUACCAGACAGCAUCCGGAGCUACCUUACCAAGUUUGCGGAUGACGACUGGCUUGCAGCAAACGACCUUCUACCGGCAUCUGAAGUCUCACCGCUGGAGCUGAAAGAAUCUGCGGAUCCUCUUUCCAGUGCCAAAGUUAAUUCCCUCAGAUUAAAACCAGUCACGACUGUUCAUUCCAAUAUGCCAUGCAAAGCUGCGAUUGAGAUCAUGCGAGAUAAGGGAUUCGACCAACUCCCUGUUCUUGCGCCUGCUGGGAGGAAGCUAGUCGGGCUCAUUACUCUAGGGAACGUCCUCAGUCGACUCACCCAUGGACAGGUCACUGCGGAAAGCCCAGUUUCGGAUGUCAUGUUUGACUUCACAAAGAUCUCUGAGGUUGUAACUGACCCAAGAGAUUUGGGCUUUCCAGCUUCCCAGCCAACCACAGAAAGUGGGGUAGGGUCAUUGAAGCCACAAGCUAAGGGCCGCAAAUUCUUCGAGAUAACCAUGGAUACUCCUUUAAGUAUUCUCAACCGAUUCUUCGAGUGGAAUAGUGCUGCAAUCGUGACGGAACGGGAUGAUCACGGAGUGAUUAAACCUGUCGCUGUUGCUACGAAGGUUGACUUACUCACCUGGCUGCUCCACCACUCUAAGAGCACCGCAUAGGUGUUCUUCCACGACCCCUUUAGUUCCGAAAGCAAUAUCCCAUGAAAAUACCAUCUGAUUUCUUGACUAUCCCUGACGAACUAUACUGCUAUGCUCCCUUGGAACCAGAAUUCCUCAGGUGGGUUAGAAACACCAUUGCUGCUUCUUUCUUACGUGAAAAAUAAAAUGAUAAAACUGCGCUACCUCGGCAAUUUCUAGCAAUUUCUGGAAUCCGUCGCCUCUUAUCUCACAUUCCAUUUAACUUUGAUUCAAGUUGCGUCUACACGGUUUUCCGCUGCAUUUUGAAGUUCUUUUCCACCUUAGAGUCUUUAGAUGGAAGAGCACAAAUAGAGAAAGCUGGUAUAUUUAUCUUAUAUAGGCAACACUCGGAAGGGAGAAACCACUCAUAUAAUUUUCC